GCAUGAGGAGAAUGACAUCCCCGAAGUGACUGGCAGCAGUUGGCAUCGAGGAUUCGAGUCAGAGAGGUCCAUGAAUGUCUCAACAGCGAGCUGGUCCAGCUCAGUCCCGCGUCCUUUGCGGGGCCUUUGGGGACCCAUGGAGUUGCCCCCGCUGCCACCCUCCAUGGAGCAGGUCUACGGAAGGCGUGACUUGCCCUUGGGCCUCAAAGAACUUAACUUGCAACUGCAACUGGACAUGGAGGAUGACUUAGCCAGGACUUUGAGCCCCAGGAGCGCCGAGAGACUUUGCCAGUCAGGCAGCGACUUUCACCAAACCACCCAGACUUCUUUCUGCUCUUUACGGCGGAAGAACACUGCGAAGAGCUUGCCAAAGACCAGCACGAAGAGUGCUGCGAAACACGAGCGCCUGUUGCCCAUUGCGCCACGGGCAAACAAGACCUUCUUCGACCGGAAAGCCAAGAUGUGCGUUCGCGUGGUGCGGUUCCAAAAUACCAAGGUGAAGUUGCGGAUCUCCGGGUCCAAGGGCAGCGUGGUGGCGGAGCCCUUGAGACCCAGCUGCCCUCGGUGCCAUCGCAGCUUGGAGCGUGGCGGCUGUCAUUGCCACCAGGUGCUGAAUGUGAUCCAGGUCGAGAAGGAUGAGGAAAGGCCAGCGGAGCUCAGCGCCACCGGCUCCGCCUCGCCCGACAGCUUCGAGCCACCACAGCUGCAACGACGAUGUGACGAGGCUGCAGAACCUUCGCCGCCCGGCCGAAGCGGACGACUGAGGAGUCCUGGCGACUUCCGCUUGGCGCGGAGCACCUCCUGGCGCGACCUGGCGCGCACCAACAGCGACGCGAAUUUGAUGCCCAGGCCCAGCGGUAGUGGACAAAUGGAUGGGAACAAGAUUUGCCUAAGCUGCGGCUAUGUGUUCCUCUCAGAAACCGUUGAGACCUGCCGGAACUGUGGACAAAAGCGGCAGACACUUGCAGAGAUGCGGAAAGAGAUGAUCCUCAACGCCAAAGAAGACGUGAGAGUCAGUGUGUUCAACAAGCUUCAGGACCACAACGAGAUCCAUCGCGACGAAUUGUCGAAGGGCCUCGAGCUGUGUGGUUUCGUGGGCAUUCGCGAAGCGUGGGUGGAGACCGCUUGCGAUGCCAUCACAAAAUACUCCACGCUGGAGUUGGAAGAGUUCUUGAGCGUGGUCAGAGGCUACGAGGCAAUCCAGGACAAGUUCUACAAGAGCACCUUUGAGGAGGCCGACUUGGAUAACUCUGGCACGAUGGAGGCCGUGGAGCUCGCAGAGAUGUUGGAAAACCUGGGCAUCGAGCCCAUGUCGCAUGUCUUGGUGGAGUUGAUUCAUGAAGUGGACGAGGAUGGAAAGGGCGCUUUGAAGUUUCCCGAAUUCAAGCAUCUCAUGGAUUUGCUCAUGGUGCGCGAGGGCUUCACCAGCAGCGAGUACGAGACCUACAUGGAACUCUUCCAGCGCCUCUCAGCGGCAUCGUGGACAUGGGUAAGGUGA